GUUGGGGGGCGCCUGCAGGAAAGAAAGUUUUGGAGUCACCGUGUUCAUUGGGUGCUGCCUUAGAGUUUGCUACACAGUCAUCCAUAGCUCCCAAAUAUGGCUACUCGACUAAGACAGUCCAGAAGGAAAUGCACUGUGAUUGGUGGCUCAGGGUUCCUGGGUCAGCACAUGGUACAAAGUCUGCUAGAGAAAGGCUACACGGUUAAUGUGUUUGAUGUCCGUGAGGGCUUUAAGAACAGCAAGGUGCAGUUCUUCCUAGGUGAUCUCUGCGACAAAAAGGAUCUGCUUCCAGCUUUACAGGGGGUGACUGUUGUGUUUCACUGUGCCUCACCGUCACCUUCCAGCCACAACAGAGAUCUUUUCUACAAAGUCAAUUAUUUGGGGACCAAAGCAGUCAUCGAGGCUUGUAAGGAAGCUGGUGUCGAAAAACUGGUGUUGACUAGCAGUGCCAGUGUGGUCUUCGAGGGCACAGAUAUUAAGCAUGGAACUGAAGAUCUCCCCUACGCAAAGAAACCCAUUGACUACUAUACAGAAACCAAGAUUCUGCAGGAGAAGGAGGUGCUGAGCGCCAAUGACCCAGAGAGGAAUUUCUUCACCACGGCUAUUCGUCCCCAUGGCAUCUUUGGCCCACAAGACCCUCACCUGGUUCCCGUCAUUAUCCAAGCAGCCAAGAGUGGCAAGAUGAAGUUCAUGAUUGGAGAUGGAAAGAACUUGGUGGAUUUUACCUUUGUGGAAAAUGUGGUCCAUGGGCACAUGCUGGCUGCAGAGCAACUUGAGAGAGACUCUCCCCUGUGUGGAAAGGCAUUUCACAUCACAAAUGACGAGCCAAUCCUCUUUUGGGAGUUUAUGUCGCGCAUCCUGACGGGCCUGGGCUACGGGGCUCCCAAAUACCGCAUUCCCUAUUGGCUGGCCUAUUACUUGGCCUUCCUCCUGUCACUGGUGGUUAUGCUGCUGAGCCCCUUUGUCACCAUCCAUCCCACCUUCACCCCCAUGCGGGUGGCGCUUGCUGGAACAUUCCACUAUUACAGCUGUGAGCGGGCCAAAAAGCACAUGGGCUACAAGCCACUGGUUAGCCUGGAUGAAGCCGUGGCAAAGACUAUCAAGAGCUUCCCCCACCUCCACCGUGCUGCGUAGCUGCCUGGGGCCCAUGAUAACAUCUCCACUAUCUCUACGGACUCUACUUUGGCUGCUCCCGUCUCUCAGUCUGGUUUCCCUAGAACACUUUUUGCAGGAACCCCAGUCUGAAUUGAUUCUGUUGCCUCAGCUGAGCUGCUGUGACCCAACAUCUCUGAAGUGGUGGCUGCACAGGGUGAAACAAAAACUGUGCAGUUCAUUAAUUCAGGCACAGUUCUCCAAGCCUUUACUCGCCUUAACCUUAUUCAGAGGGAAGUGAACUGUGAAAUACAAGGCUGUGGAGCUUGUGGACUUUCACAGUGGACUCCCCAACUCCUGUCAGACCUAGCCAGAUUUCGGUAAUGAGAACCU